AUGCAGGGGCGAGUAGGGGAUGGACCGGGUGGAGCCGGCGCGAUCUUCGUUGGGGGGUUGCUUACCGUACCGGCGCCGACCUCUCGUCGCUCUUUCCGUUACGACGGCCCUCGGCCCCCUCCUUCGGGGCAGACGCCGACACAGCCGGAGAGCGGCAGUGAGGAGGAGGAUGAGGAGGAGGAUGGUGAGGGCGAGAAGGAGGAGAACACUGAGGGGAGCGGGGAUGACAGCGAGGCGGCGUGGGACCCAGAGACGCAUGGCGGUGGGGAGGGGGGAGAUGAUGAUGAUGAAGACCACGAGAUGGAUGGGUUGGAGCCAGAGGGGCGGGCGGAGGAGGUGGGAGAGGGUGGUGGAAGGGCGGCGACAGAGGCGGGAUCACAGCAUGUGCGUGAAGGGGGAGGGAGCGUGGGGGUUAAGGUGGGAGGGGGAAAGGCCGUAACCAUCAGGGAGCCGAAGCAGAGGAAGAAAGCGAACAAGUUGAGAGAGCGGGCGUAUCCCUGCACGUUCACUGGGGAGCCCUUGGGCGAGGGUGUGAUCGCUCCCGAGUUCCUAGACGAGGACGGAGGGUCCGAGAGUAGUAAGGGGACUAGCAAGGGUAAUAGGAGGUCGGGGUGGCAAGUUAUGAUGUUCGGACCGUUAGGGGCAGACGAUAAGCGUCAGUGCAAGAUUUGCACAGACAGGAUUUCGUGGAAGCAAUCCACAACAACCCAGGGCGAGCGGCACUUUGCGAGCUUCCACACUGCGCACAUGCAUGUGUGGCAUCACCGUUACCACACCCCGUCGGUUCACUUGCCUGGGGAGACGUUUCCCCGAGGGGGCUACAAGGGAGUGCCGGAUGGCUACGUCUAUCAGUGGCCACAUGCCAAGACUUGGCCGCAGCUCGCCAAGGGGAAAGCGAUGGCAACUGGUGGAGGUGAUGGGUCAGGAGGGAUCGAGCGGUGGAUGACAGCAAAACCGACCUCGGUGCAGCUACGGCAGGCGAUCACGAAGCUGGUGGUCACCUGCGACCUCCCCUUCCGCAUCGUCGAGGCCGAGGCUGUAAGUGCCCCAUCCCAUCCCAUGCUUGAUUGGGCAAGUAUGCGGUUAGUGGACGUGUCUGUCACUUUGUGUUUUGACUAUUUGCGUGUGGCCCAGUGCAGUGCUAUAUUACCUUUAUCGCAUCCCCCUGACGUGUACUACCCUCUCCCCCUUGUCUCUUCCCCUCUCCAGUUUCGUGAGCUACUCAUCCUGUUGAACCGCAACUGUGCGCAAAAAAACUUCAUCCCCUCGCGCUGGACAGUUUCCCGCGACACAGUGGUCUAUGCGGCUGCUGCUCUUCAGUCAGCCAUCGCGGAGAUGCUGGCGAAGGAGGGGGAGCUGGGGUGCAGGGUGUCGUUCACCAUCGACAUGUGGACGUCACCCAACAACAGGGCGUGGCUGGUGGUAACGGGUCACUGGAUCGACGAGGGUUACCAGCUGCGCACAAUGGUGUUUGAAUUCCGGGAAAUUCACGGGCGGCACACGGGCAAGCAGAUGGAGAGGGUGGUUGAGGACACGGUGGUGCAGUGGGGGUUGGAGACGCGUUGUCUUGGGUUCACCUCAGACAACGCCUCUAGCAACACUGCCGCUUUCAGGUGGAUGCCGGAGGAGGGUGGUGGCCAGUGCUUCUUCAACUCGCGCAUGCACUUCCGGCGGCACUCGCUGUGA